AUGCCUGAGCCAACGAAGUCCGCCCCCGCCCCGAAGAAGGGCUCCAAGAAGGCCGUGACCAAGGCCCAGAAGAAGGACGGCAAGAAGCGCAAGCGCAGCCGCAAGGAGAGCUACUCGAUCAAUGGCAGACGGCAGAACAAAGAGCAAUGGUCAGGAGUCAAGCGCAUCUCCGGCCUCAUCUACGAGGAGACCCGCGGGGUGCUGAAGGUGUUCCUGGAGAACGUGAUCCGCGACGCGGUCACCUACACGGAGCACGCCAAGCGCAAGACCGUCACGGCCAUGGACGUGGUCUACGCGCUCAAGCGCCAGGGCCGCACCCUCUACGGCUUCGGAGGUUAA